ACAGGACGUUGGACACGGACUGAAACAGGUCUUCUCUAAGGACAUUAUAGCACUCAGCCUUGGAAACUGAUUUAUCCACUUUGAGAGUUUCCACGAGCCAGGUUCCAGACAUUAAACAUUGCUGUUGAGAGUACGUCGUCGCCAUUAGAAUUCCAAAGGACAACUCAUCACAGGAGAAUUUCAGAAAGGACGGAAUAGAUUUACCCCUUCUGUAAAAGAUUGAUUGGUGCUUUGACUCUCAACGACCGCUGCUGCAGGAGACAUUAGCCAGAUUUGAGAAGAAACCUAUCUAAGGUGCUUAUCUGAGACAAAAAAAGAUGGCAGACAACCUUGGGAAGUUAUCAUCCACAGAUUGGGAUAAAGGAACACAUGAAACAGAUUUCCUACCUCCACCACCUUCUGAUUUGAUACAACCCUCAGUUACAGUGUCUGCGAACCAAGACCAAAGUUUCAUACCAGUACCUCCUCCUAAAGAAUCCUUUUCCAAGUUCUACGAACAGCGUCAGGUUAAUGAACUGAAAAGACUUUACCGUCACAUGCAUCCCGAGUUAAGGAAAAACCUAGAGCAUACGGUGACCCGUGACCUUUCAGAAUUACUAAGUACAGAUGAACCUAAUCAACAAACAUCUGUCACCCUUGAUACAAUAUUGACAGGUGAGGUGCAAUCGAUGCGCUGGAUUUUUGAAAACUGGAAUUUAGAUUCUAUCGGGGACCAUCAGAUUAGCAAGAAACUAGCAGACGAAGAGGUCAUACUUGGUGGGAAUGUGAAAGAUACAUCUUUGAAGUUUCAAGGAGAGAGCUGUCCAGAUGGCACCCUUGCACAUGAAUUGUCAGAAACAGAGCAAACUAAAGGUGAUGUGAAGACAGCCUUGUGGUUAUUUGAAACACAGCCCCUUGACUCAUUAAACAAAAUCUAUCCUGUUGACACAGAUGUCCAAGAAGCAGUUUUGAAAGACCCUGUAGAAAGAGGGGAUGUGAAAGGCACAAAACUUAUGUUUGAAACCCAUUCUUUAGAUGAAGUUGGCCGCUGUAAAUCAGUUGAAGAAAACAGUAUUCUACAGCUGAAAUCUGAAAUAGAGGAGUUAAAAGGAGAUGUGAAGAAGACUGUUAAACUAUUUCAGACUGAACCUUUGUGUGCUUUUAGAGAUCAAACUGGAAAUAUUCAUGAGAUUAAAUCUAUCUGCAGAGAAGAAACUCAGGGCCACAGUGUUAACACAGCAAGAUGGCUUUUUGAGACUCAGCCUUUGGACACUAUAGACAAGGAUACCUCAAGUGUUCGAAUUAUUCGAGGUAUAUCGCUGGAAGAGAUUCAGAAAGGUGGUGUAAACGCUACAAAAUGGAUGUUUGAAACUCAGCCACUGGACACAAUAAAAGAACACAUUGAAGAAGGAGUUUUUCAAGCUUCAUUAGAUUCUGUUAAAAAAGGUGAUGUAUCCAACACAUGCAAGGAUGACUCUACAGAAGAAGUGCUGGCAGGCGAUGUUAAGUCCACAUUGUGGUUAUUUGAAACUCAACCAAUGGAAGCCCUUAAGGGCAGUAUUGAGGUAGGGCAGCUAAAAAAGGUGGACCUGCUAAAUGAGGAGAAAGGAGAUGUUAAACAAAGGAAACACGUAUUCGAAACAUGUUCAUUGGACAAGAUUUCCGGCAUGGAGGAAGAAUCCAUGAAAGAUCAAAAACAACAAAACGCAGCCAACGAAAUCAUAAAAGGAGAUGUGAAAUCAUUUAAAACUCUUUUUGAAACCAUUCCUUUAGACAACAUUACACAGACUAGCAGCAUCCUAGUCUCUGAUCAGGAAGACAUAAUGGCAGGAAAUGUGAAAGGAAACCAGGCUUUGUUUGAGACUGUGCCUCUUUAUGCCAUUGAAGACAGUUUGGGCAAUUACCAUGAAGUUACAUCCAUCAGUCGAGAAGAAAUGAUAAGUGGUGAUGUUAAAAAUUACAAAUGGAUGUUUGAAACAAAACAAUUAGAUCAGUUUCAUGACAGCCCUCAAAAAGUUGAUAUCAUAAAAGGUAUCACAAAGCAAGAGAUUAUGUCUGGGGAUGUGGGGACAGCAAAGUGGUUGUUUGAAACCCAACCAGUCGAUGUGAUUCAUAAAGACAAGAAUGCAACAGAUGAACACUCUUCAGUACAAACUGUCGUCUCAGAAAAAGGCGAUGUCAAGAAAUGUCGGUGGUUGUUUGAAACCCAACCUGCUGACAAGCUAUAUGAAAAAUCAGAGAAAACACAAGAAAAAGAAACUCUUCCCCAGGGUGAUGUGAAGUCCUACACAUGGAUGUUUGAAACUCAAUCAUUAGAUUCUUUCAAAGAUACAGAAGAGCAAUACAUCAAGGUCAGUACAGCUUUUGAAGAUGACAACUGCAAGAGGGUUAAUGUGCAAACAACCAGGCAUCUGUUUGAGACAGAACCUCUAGAUAACAUCUCCUAUAAGAAUGAAAUGAAAAAUAUUGUACGGUACUCUAGCAGAAUAGAAAUAAAGUCUGGUAAAGUUUCCAGGGUGAAAGAAAUUUUUGAAUCAAAGCCAAACGAGAAUAUAAAAAAAUCGGAUGUCCUUAAUGAAGAGAAUAUCCAGAAAGGAUUUGUGAACAAGUUUACUUGGCUAUUUGAAAACUGUCCCAUGGAUUCCAUGGACAAUAAUAAAUGUGGAUUUCAAGAACUGCAAAAUAUCCAAGGGGGAGAUGUUGUGGGAAAAAAGUUCAUUUUUGAAACAUGCUCCUUGGACAAAAUCCAACAGGAAUCUGAUGAAACAGAGAUUCAAAAAGUACAGGAAGUUAUAAGUAAAGCUGAUGUUAAAUCCUGCACUAUGUUGUUUGAGACCAAACCUUUAUACGCCAUUCAAGAUAAAGGAGGUGAAUACCAUGAAGUUACAUCAGUGAAAAAAGAGGAAAUUCUAAAAGGGGAUGUACGAGGAUCAAAAUGGUUAUUUGAAACAAAACCUCUUGAUAUGAUCAAUAAAGAUGAAGAAGUCUUUGUGAUCAGGGCGGUGACUCAGGAAGAUAUCGAGAAAGGAUGUGUGAAGUCAGCAAGAUGGAGGUUCGAAACAGAACCAUUGGAUUCCAUCACUGAUUAUCGUAGCCACACCAGAAGAACAGUUGAUGAUGUACAAAAAGGUGAUGUCCAAAGCAACAAGCAGCUCUUUGAAUCACAGACGCUCAACCAGAAGAAUUAUGUAAGACUGGUUAGCGUCAGUGACGUCCAAAAAGGUAAUGUGAGGACUUCUACCUGGCUGUUUGAAAAUCAACCUAUUGAUUCUUUGAAGGGAGAGUCUGAUGAACAUCAUGGUAUUGUAAAAGUGCAACGAGAAGAUAACCAAAAAGGGGAUGUAAAACGAUGUACCUGGUUAUUUGAGACAAAGCCAAUAGACAGUCUCAAAGAUACUGAAACUCCAACUUCUUCUGAUGCUCCUGUGGAGGCAAUUCCCAAAGAUAAUGUAAAAAGUACAACCUGGCUUUUUGAGAGCACACCUCUUGAUGAAUUUGAUUUUAAGCCCACAGUUACAGAGGACGAGAAAGAAAGAAAUGUAAAAGAUACAUUAGACUCGUUAUUUUUUACUAAAAUAAUUCAACACAAAGGAAUUAUUAUUGAAUGUUUUGAUUGGAUGAAUGUAAAAAUGGCAAAAUUUCAGCUAAGGACACAAGAAGGUACCGAAAUCCUUAAGGAAGAGAUACUUGGAGGAAAUUUACAAAGAAUUUUCUUGCAGUUGCUUCACAGAACAGAUAUAGAGCCACAAGGAUUGUUGGUCGAAGAGAACUUUAGGGGUGAAAUGCAAAUAACCGAAUUGAAUCUAUUAAAUCAAGAUGAAUCAGGAGACACAGAAGAAAAACAUGAUGAUGAUGAUGUUGCAAAGGCCCUUCAAGCCCUGCAAAAUGAAGAUACUUCUGUUAAAACUGGUAUCAUUAUGGAGGAAAGUGAAAAGGGCUCAGUAAAAAUCAUAGUCUACUCUGUUUCAUCACUUUGUAAGCAUACUUCUAAGAGGGAGGACAUAAUAAAAGGGGAUGUAAAAUCGACAAUUGGAAACCUCCUGGCAUGCAGUCAGGAACAGAGAUCUAAAGCCUCCGUCUUGCGUGAGGAAAAGGAAAAAGGAAAGGUUGAACUCUACAAAAGCUGCAUUGAGAAAGGAGAUCUAGGAUACUUAAAAAGUCUUCAGGAAGAAUCUGAAAUAGAAGCACUAACACUUUCUCAGAAUGAACCUCAGCAUCAAGAGUUGAACAAUGUGCAGAAUGAGGCAAAGAAAAUACCAGAAAAUAUCAGCAAAGGUUCUUGUACUUUGGAAACAGACUGUGUAUAUGUAUCAGCUAAGCCAGUAUUCCCAGCUAUUCAGCCACGAGUAGUCGAGAAAAAAGGAGUAACAUUUGAUGCUAAACUCAUAGAUUCACAUAAAGAAGUAAAAAACAUAUGCAAGGUCGACAAGAAUGACAUAGGUUUGAGAAAAGCAAGCCAAACAAAUACCAUAAUGAUGGAAAGAACAACCACCAAACAUACUGCUGAAAAAGAGAGCCAUGUGGCUCUUGAGAAAGAGUGUCUAUUAGGGCAAACUGCAUCAGGUGCCCAGCAAAAGGAUACAGCAAGUCAUGUUGAUCUUCAGACUGCUCUUUUGGAUCUGAGACAAGCAACGGAAGAGGCAAAAAGCAUUCAAAAGCAAGUGAAAUGUAAAAUUCAGAAUAAUACAGAGGAGACUGUGAAGAGCAAUGAUAAGGAAAUAACAAACACAGUGAGUUCAGCUCAAUCAAAACGACAAUACCAAGCAAUCACAAAGCACUCGACUACUGCAAGGACCACCCUUAAAGAGACAAAGAAGGCAUGUGCAAGUCUCCAGACAUCUACAGCAUCUACCAAAAAGGUCAGUGCUUCUGAAAAGGAGGAACAGGUGCAGGAGUUAUUUGAAUCUGGACAGGAGAUUAAAAUGGUCUCUAGUACAGAAAGUACCCUUAAAGAUGAUGUUGAUUCCCCCAAGCAAGCAAAAGGCUAUUUAAAUCCUUUUAUUGAGUCUGAUUUUAACAAGGAAGCAGAGCAAGGAAAACGAGAGGAGGAUAUUGUUAGGGGAGAUGUAAAGGCAGCUAUCAGGGCAUUGCAGAAUGCAACAUCAGAACAGAGGGAAGUAGAAAAAGAGGAAGUUGUGAGAGGGAACCUAUCAUCUGCUCUUCAAUCUCUGGAGAAGUCCAAUGUAAAUGUGUCAAAAGGGGACUUUAAAGCAGCCAUGAUAUACAGAAAUGCAGGGCAGUCAUAUUCAGCUUGUAAAAGGAAGACAGAUACUCAGGAGCAGAUUAGAAAUCAGGAUCCUUUGAAUUCACCUGUUGAAUCCUUUCCUCCUCCUCCAGCUGCUGUGAUUGGACAAGAACUCUCCCAAGCAUCUAAGUCACCAAAUGUAGAAGCAACAAAAGACUCAAAUUCCCAGAUAACAGAUUACGUUCCAAAGACCCCUGAUACAAUUACAAAAAAGGCAAGUGGAAAGACUUUAGAAGACAAUAAGAUUGUGUCAAAUACAACACAAACAUUAUCAAGACACAGAGAAAAGCCAGUACCACCUCCAAAACCAAAGCACCUUCAAGCAAGCUCAAAUUGUGUUCCAUUUCAGAGACCCAAAGCCAACAAGUCGCCAUCUACAUCCUGUUCACGCCUGAGUCCUGCUACUAAAGAGGUGGACCAGCACUGUACAGCAAUCAGAGAUCAAGCCAACCCUGCAAGGUCACACCAAGGUCUAGAUGAUGGAAUCUCUCAAACAUGUACACUGCCCACCAAUGAGAUAUUAAAUGCUGAAGAAGAAAUACCUUCUCACAAAGUAAAUGAAGUAAAGGAUAACUUUUGUUUAACUCAAAUAAAUCACUGCCAAACUGAACAUCAACAGAAUGUAACUAUGACAAAAACAGAAAUGACGAACACAGCUACAUCUAUCAACUUACACGCUUCUGCCCAAACAAUGGACCAUGCUAUAUUAAAGGAACAUGCUUUGAGCGUGAAUAAAGAAGUGGAAGAUGAUGGGGAAAUGUUAAAGAAACAUAAAAUCCAAGAAGAUGCAAGAAGGAAGCAGAGAGUUACUGUUACAGAACCAAAGGAUGGCCAUGCACAUCACGGAGUGGUAAUGAGGGUGAAACAUAAGAAAGAAACCGAAGAGGAGAAACGCAAAAGACUAUCAGUCCACAAGGAUGAAAUAAUGAAUAGAAAUGUAAAGGCUGCAAUGGAUAUUUAUGAAAAUUUAAGAAAACAGGAAGAGUUACAAAAAAUCUUAUAUAAAGUCAAGGAAAUGGAGGAAGAGACGAGUAACGUGGAUGUGCGUUCAAUGAGAGGUUUAUUUGAGAAUGUUCAGUGUUGGAUAAAAAAUAGUGAAGAUGGAACAAAGAAGCAACCAGAGGAAAAAGUCUGUCAGAAAGACGAAGGUUUAGAGCAAGCAAAGGAAGACACAGAAAGUGUAUCGUCGGUUGAACUUGCGUUUGAGGACCUAGAAAAGGCAAGUUCAGAAAUCAAACAUCUGAAAGAGCAAACCUUGGCAAGACUUUUAGAUAUUGAAGAAACAAUCAGAAAGGCCCUCUAUACCGUUUCUAAUUUAAAAUCAGAAUCUGACAUUGCAGGGCUUUCAAGUCUCUUUCGUGAAUCACUUGGAACAAAUACUGCUCAAACCAAUAAUAUCCGUAAAAUAAGCAUUGUGUCAAGUAAAGCAAAAUCUGAAAAAAAACCUCUUGCUACUCAGCAAACAGCUAUGGUAUCCUUAGAGGCUCAAGAUGGAAUUGAACCCAAGAAAACAGAGCUGGAUGUUGUCAAUGUGCCCAGCCGUGCCAUUUCCCCAACGUCUCCAUCAUUUAUUACUAUAGAGUCAGCCGCCAGGAAACCAACACAAAACAAUGGCAGCUUCUCUUCAACAUCCCCGGUGCUAAAAAAUGGACAGUUGCCUAAAGAUUCAAUGCUCAAUCAGUCUGUUGACGGAAAUGGCUCACCUGAGGUACAACAAUAUUCAGGUUCAUUCAAUAAAUCAGAGUCUUCUGACAAGUUUAAUCAGUUAAGUAGUUCUUGUGGUAAUGGCAGAUGUUCUCAAGGAAGUUAUAACAAAGUUUCUGUGGAAGGCUUGGAGCAAAAUACCUACACAAAUACCUGCUCACCUUCUGGUCCAGUAAACUCUCUGAGACAAAAAAGUGUUCUGGAGCUAAAAACUGGACCUGAAGGUCCAAAGCUUAUUGGCAAAACAAUAGUGACUGAAAAGUAUGAAGAAUUCGAUCAGUUUGGCAACAAAAUUAUAAGAUCAAAAACAUCGACAACAGUAACAGAGCAAUCAGACACUCAGAGCUCCUCAACGUAUGAGGUUGUAUCAUCACCUCCUCGAUAUGAGGUCACGGCAUCUCCUCGUCUUAGAAGACACAUAAUGUCACCCAUGGAAAAUUCCAGCCCCAAAUCAAGUGAGACAGGUGUGGUGUUUGUUACAUUUGGCAAUUCUAAACCAGUAAAAAAGUAAAGGCCGAGUAUCAUGAUUAUUAUAUGACCACAAUAACAUUGUUUCAUGUAUUGUGUAAAACACCAGUAUUUCUUUAAAGGGACAAUGUUGUGAUAUUUCUAUCCCUGUCUAAGCACAAGACGGUAGAUGGAGUAGUAGUUGUUUUCGGACCAACACAAAUUUGUCCAAGGCUUAUAUUUUCUACUGAGAAAACAUUCAGAAAAACUGUGAGAUUAUUUUAUAGCUGAUGUAGAUACAUUAUGGUCACAGAUCAGAACAUAAGAAGAAAAGAUAAGCAGUUAGAUAAGAAGAAAAUAUUGCAAAUAAAAUAUAUAAAGACAACUUUUUUUUACUCAAAUUGAUCUUCCCUAUGCAGUGUUAGAAUACUUUCUGUUAGACAUCAUAAUGUACCUGAAAAAUUUAAUAUAUUUAUAUACUGGCUCGAGUUUUAACAGCAAAACUAUAAAAAGAAAAA